CCGCUAAUUCCCGCAUCCAUUCCAAGUAUUUGUUGAAUGCUAUCCGAUAUUAUUGAUUAUAUCUCUAACAUCAAUCGAAAGUUAUUUGAAUGCUGCCUAUGUCGUACGACCGUCGGCAGAGGAAAUAUCAAAACAGAGCCCAACAAAUGUGAAAUGCAGAUAAAAAGACAAGCAAGGGGUAGUAGUGAGGGAACUCUACUGUCUUCAACAUGCAGUGACCGUAGCUCGUUAUCACAACAAAGUCCGUACAGCAACAGUUCAACGCAGAUAAAAGCCCGAGAGAGCCCUGUUAAGUCAGUCAAGGACAGAGGUUGGGCUUGGGUCAUUUGUGCUGCAGCUUUCUUCGAUAUUUUUAUAGUCCUUGGAACUCUCUAUACGUUUGGAGUUCUAUAUGUACCACUACUUGCUCAAUUCAAAGCUUCCAAAGCAGAGACAGCAUGGGUUGGUUCCAUCGGUCAGUUCUCCAUCUAUUUCGUUUGUUACCUAUCAAGUCUCCUUGCUGAGAGGUUUGGAUGUCGCAAGAUAACCAUCGUCGGUGGCAUCAUUACCAGCCUGGGCCUUCUUAUCUCUUCCUUCUGUACCAGCAUCAAGUCUAUGUAUUUUACCUACGGCAUCCUCGUGGGGAUAGGCUCAAGUCUAAGCUAUCUCCCUGCACUAGUCAUGGUGGCUUUUUACUUCGAGAAGAAGCGUUCCCUUGCGACAGGUAUCGCGGCCGCCGGGGGUAACAUAGGCGCACUGAUUCUAGCACCCUUGCAACAGACUCUAGUAGAGCACAUCGGCUGGAGGAACUGUAUGAGGUGCCUCAGUGCUUUCUCGUCUUUGAUAAUAGUCUGUGGACUGCUGUUUAAGCCUCUGCCUGAGCGAGAGCAGAAGAUUUGCAUGCAGGAGGACAGCUCGGACCACGAGGUUAUACUGACACGCUCCCAGCGUCUUAAGCUUAGGACAUGCCACUUUCCAAGGGCGCCUAGGUUCAUCGUUUGGGCGAUUGCUGGAACAGUUGCGUGCUUCGGCUAUUUCAUGCCACACGUGCACAUUGUUCGGCUGUCUGAAGAGCUUGGGAGUUCGUAUCGGGACGGCUCUCUUCUUCUGACAUACAUGAGCGCUGCAUCUGCAGUAGGCAAAGUGAUAUUUGGUAAAAUAUCAGACUCAGAUUGUGUAAAUACAUUGGUUUUAUAUCAGAUGUGCAUGGUUUUGACAGCAUUGACAUCCGUCAUUUCCAUUCUAGCCACAGGCUACCAAAUGCUUGUGGUGUACGCCGUGAUACUAGGCUUGUUAGACGGGUCCUUUAUCGGUCUGAUGUCAAUCGUCACCUUUGAGUGUUCCGAGCCUGAUAAUAUGUCGCAGGCAUGGGGAGGAGUGCUCAUGUGCAUGUCAUUUACGAUGCUUGUUGGUGCCCCUGCUGGAGGUUGGCUCGGGACUAUAACCGGGAGGUACCGCAAUGUCUUCUUCCUUGCUGGGGGGCCCAUGCUCCUAGGAGCUGCCAUAUUUAGUUUUAUAUGGUGCGUGAAAGCACCAAAGCAGGAAACUGAUCAGCGGCAGUCCGUUUACCUCCCUGGAAGCGACGGCGAGAUACUCGUGUAUGAACGCCUGACUGUCGUCUAAAUCUAGUGAUUGAGUUUAAUUUCGGUGAAUUGCGAGCGAGGUGAUUAUUUCUUUUGUUUUCAGCGGGUUAAAAAAUAUUUGUCAUUUGCAGAAAUACCGGACCUGUGUAAUUAAAGACAUUUGCAUUUAGCAAGAUAAAUAUGAGAAACACUGGCAGUAAAGGCCCCGCUAAGGCAAUUCAGUUUUCCUUAAACUUGCAAUGCUACUUUUGUUGCGUUGCGAGUUGCAACAAAAAUAGAAUUAUUUUCUACUUUUCGCAAGAUUGCGAAAAAAAUGAGCCUGUGUAUCUUGUCAUCGUUGCAUUGCAAAUUUAAGGAAUUUUAGCCUUGUGUAUCAUGACCUUAAAAGGGGAACGCGCACGUUUUUAAUUCCUCAUGGCGCCAUCCUUACGUUGUGCGAGGGAGUGGGUCGGGUCGAUAAACAAACAGCAUGCUGGGACGACCUUAGGGGGGAGGGGGGGAUUCAACAUGACGUCGUAAACAUGUUAAUAAUGUGAUACCGAAUGGGAGCUAGGAAAUUAAACGUUUUGUCAUUUUUGCUGCAAGAAAAUCUGCGUUAGAAAGAUUCAGAACAUCAACAUUGGCAUCGUUGGACGCCAUGUUAAGAAGCCGACUCAGCGUGCUGCUCAUUUCUCGACUCUACCCAAUCCCCCGCGCAACAUAAAUACAAACGUCGAAACGGCUAAAGCCGGCAAGGUUUGGGGGGAGGGGGGGGUGGGAGGGGGGCCUGGGCAGGUAUUCUUCAUAGGCGUUUUUAGGCAGGCGUCGAGGCUAGGACAGGCACGGUGACAACAAUUGUAAAUAGAGGUUGCUUUCGUGCCGUCUUAAAUCUAGCCAAGACCUUCGCGAUAAUGAAAAAAAAAAUGGGAAAAACUUUAUAUGGGGUAAUUUUUUUAUCAAAAUGAGGAAAAUGAGUGGUGAUUCCAAUAUUUAGUAAUUAUUUAUCAUCAAAUUUGUAAAGUUUAAAAUGACGGCUUUAGUUUUGUACAAAGAUUGAAUUAAAAGAAAGUCUACUUUCAGCAAAUGA